UUGACAUUAAUUAAUAUAAUGGGACAAUUAUUUGAUUGUUUUGAGAAAUAAACAUAUUACGCUUUUCUAUAAUCAUAUUUUAUUGAAUAAAUGAAGAAAAAUAAUUUGAUCAAGUCUCAAACAUUAACCAUUUAUUGCACAGGUUUUUUGGCAAAUUAGGAUCGAGGAAGAAAACAGUUGGGACUUCCUUGAAGUCUGCUGUCUCCUAUAUGAAUUACAAAAUACCUGGUUUAACACACAAAUUUUUUUUUAUUAAAUUGCAUCAUUAGUCUACCGAAAGUUAUCGGUUGGAGAAAAAGGGGAUAAAUAUAAAAAGAACACAAAUUCUUCUAUCGAUGUAAUUAUUUUGAAGAAAAUUAAUUAAUAAAAAUAAUUGUAAGUUUUCAAUUGAGUAAAAUAGAUAAAUAUAUAUCGGAAAUGUGUAUUCUGUUUUACAUGUAAAAUAUGAAUUUUCAAUUUUUUAAGAAAGGUUGCGAAGGAUCAUGCUUCGAAGACAAAUUAAUGAUAUUAUUUGCAUUCACACAGGAAAUAAAAGCAUGAGUAAUACUUUUAGUAAUGUUAUUCUAUUUUCUUCGAAGAAAAGUUCAGAUUGACUUGUUUUCGCCUUUGGUUUAAAAUAAAAAUAAUAUGGCUUGUGCUUUUGAUGCUUAUGGCCUUAAAAUAGCUGCUAACAAUAUUCUUUUUGUCCAAGCAUACAGUGAUGUAGAAACAUUCCUUGUUCAAUUGAUUAUGAUGACACAACACAUUACGUUUAUUCAGUAGAUGUAGGACAAAAACAAACUACAACUCUGGUGAUUCAACUAAAUGCAUUGGAGGUAUUUAUAAAUCAGAUACUGGUAUUCAUCCUUGUAUAUUAUGUCCAAGUGGAUCAAGAAAUCCAGGUACCAUUGCUAGUAUAUCAUGUAUUACAUGUUCAUCAAGUAGUUUUUGUCCAUUGGGAGCUAUAUAUGAAAAGAAUUCAACUUUACUUACUUCUAUAUCACAAGCAUAUGCAUAUCCUCGUUCACCUGAAAUGGAUCUAUUUGAAGAUAUUCUUCUUAAUAAUAUGUUUUCAUUAGGUUCAACAGAUCAUUGUCUAGUAGUUUCACCAAUUUUUUGGACAUUUAUACUUUUGGCUAUCUUUCUUAUUUUACUUCUUAGUAUAGCUUCACUCUAUUGGUGGUUUUCGCCAGAGAAACAAUAA